GACUUAGACUUGUAGGCGAGUCGCUGGGUUUCUCCAGGACAUUUGCAUCCUUUUUUUUCGUGACCUGCUGGCCAGUCCCCAGGCGAAAAGUAGAAGUCCAAAGUUCAGGUCCCCUAGAAUGACGUGUGGGCUCCCGCGCCGACCGACCGACCGACCAAGUCCCGGACUCCCGGAGGUUAAAUAGCGGGGGUUAAGUGGAUGGCUCGUUCAGUCCUAACCGAACGCUGCAACGGAUCGUACCGUCGGUCAUUACGGUACUGCAUCCUCUUUAAAACUCCCAACACCAGCGGGUGGUUGUGUUUGUUUGUUUGUGUGCGACGAGAGAGAGAGGGAGUGACCAACAUCGUCGCGGCCGUCGACACGGUCAUGUGAUUACGUGGCACUAGCGACAGGCGCGCUAAAACACACAGAGCGGAGGGUGAGAGCGUCGGAGAGUUAUUCUCCCGCACUGUUAGGCGCCAGUUAGUCAGAACCGUCGGUGGUGCUCGGUUCGGAAGUUCGCGGUGACGCGUGCCAACACAGGGCACGUCACUGUCAAGGUUAGGGGCAACGCCGAUACAGUUAGGCCCCACCCGAACGGGGGCCGUGUGCAGCGAACUGCAGUGAAAGCGGUCCCGCCGGUCGAAUGGAUACCGCCACGGCCAAUGGCGCCGCCACUGGCGUCACGUGGACCAGCAGCCCGGGACAAGUCGCGCUGGUCCAGGGACUGGCCGCCAAUCACUCAACCGGUGAUGAUACCGAGACGGCGGAGCAGAGUCCAACGGCGGAACUGCGGGAAAAGUGGGGCCGCAGUAUCGAGUUCCUGCUGUCCUGUGUGGCCCUGUCGGUGGGUUUCGGUAACGUAUGGCGCUUUCCGUACACGGCAAUGGAGAACGGCGGUGGUGCGUUCCUGAUCCCCUACCUGAUCGUCCUGUUCCUCGUCGGACGUCCAAUCUACUAUCUCGAGAUGGUGAUGGGACAGUUCUCGAGCCGAGGCUGCGUUAAGGUGUUCGAUUUGGCACCGUUGAUGCGUGGAGUCGGUAUUGCCCAAACGCUCUCGCUCGUCGUCAUCCUGGGGUACUACGCGGCCAUACUGGCCAUUGCGGUGCGUUACUUUAUCGCUUCGUUCCUUGAUCCACUGCCUUGGGUUCGGUGUCAACCGCAGUGGGACGGUUGCGUUGAUUCGGACUUUCGUGGGCAUGUGGUCAAUGGGAGUGGCCGGCCAUCGGCCGAGUUUUACUUCGAUCGUGAAAUAAUGCACAGCUACAAAACGCUGGCCGAGGGUCUGGGGCGUCCGGAUUGGCAGUUGGCGCUUUGUUUGCUGUUCUGUUGGAUCUGCAUCGCCGUGGUGCUGCUCAAGGGGAUCCGGAGUUCGGGCAAGGCUUCUUACUUUCUGGCCAUCUUCCCGUACGUCAUCCUGUUGGUGCUGCUCGUCCGUACGAGCACCCUGGACGGGGCUGGCACUGGCAUUAGCAAGCUUUUCACCCCGCAGUGGGAGAAACUGUUGACGGUGAAGGUUUGGUACGCUGCCGUGACGCAAUGUUUCUUCUCACUCACCAUCUCCCUGGGUGCCGUUAUCGUGUUCUCUUCGUACAACAAUUUCAACAACAACAUCUACCGUGAUGCGAUGAUCAUCUCAUGGCUCGACACCUUCACCUCGAUCCUCUCCGGUAUCGUGGUAUUCGGCACCGUCGGUAGCAUCGCGCACGUGACCAAGACCAAGAUGGAGGACAUGAAACUGGAGGGCCCGGAGCUCACCUUCAUCACCUAUCCGGACGCCAUUGCCAAAUUCGAUGCGGCACAAAACGUUUUCGCGGUGCUGUUCUUCCUGAUGUUCUUCCUGCUGGGGCUGGGCAGCAAUACCGGGAUCGUCACCACGAUCGUAACUGCCGUACGGGACCGUUUCCCUCGGAUCGCCAACUGGAAGGUAGUGAUCGGGGUGUCCCUGUACGGGUUCGGUUGUGGCCUUCUCUAUAUCACUCCGGUAAAUAGCCAGGUCGCUGCGAUGAUUUAACGCCUUUUUUUAACAAUUUUUAUCACUUCCUGGCUUUUCGCACUACUCGUUUCGGGGCGUUUGGGGGACUUUUUUUCACAGGGAGGUCUGCUGUUGCUGAAGGUGGUGGACACAUAUGGUGUCACCCUGACCACGCUGACACUGGUCAUACUGGAAAUCAUUACCUUUUGCUGGAUUUACGGUGUCGAGCGGAUCACGAGGGACAUCAAGUUCAUGUUGGGCCGUUCUACGGGAAUCUUUUGGCGCAUCUGCUGGAGCUUCCUGACGAUUGGUAUCAUUUUUGCGAUCUGGUUGUUUAGUUUCAUCGAUUUCAAGUCGGAUAGUGUUCCAUUUGGCUAUAACGUAUUCGGAUGGUGUCUGUUCUCCUUCAUCAUGCUGCAAGUGGUGGGCUGGGGCCUUUACGAGGUUAACAUGCAGAGCGAGCGAGGAUUUUGGAAGAAGGUGCUGAGUGCCACGAAACCAACGGCCGAUUGGGGUCCCGAAGAAGCGACUACAAGAAGGCUCUACCAGACGGAGAUGGCCACUGCGCCACGGUACGAGUUGGCCACCGCGGAUGUGGUGAAAACAAUUUUCGGCAAAUUUCUUCCCAAAACCAUCGUAAUCUCGGGCGAUCAUCGCAAUGGUGCAUACAUCCUUGGUGCACCGGCGUACAGUGGUAGCGGUAGUGGUGCAGUCGUCGUCCUACAGAUGGAGUCGAACACAACGAUCGAAACGGAUAGCGACACGAAGACGAUCACGGGGCCAACCCGCGACAAGUGGGGGAAAGAUAUCGAGUUUAUGCUGUCGUGCAUCGCCUACUCCGUCGGGUUCGGUAACAUCUGGAAGUUCCCGUACACGGCGCUCAAGUGUGGUGGCGGUGCGUUCCUGCUGCCCUACCUGAUCGUCCUGUUCAUCGUGGGGCGUCCCAUCUACUACCUCGAGAUGGUGCUCGGCCAGUUCUCGAGCCGUGGUGUCGUCAAGCUGUACGAUCUGGCACCGGGGAUGCGCGGUACGCUCUGUCAACCCGAGACGGCUUCCUGCAAAUGGUUACUAAGCAAUAACGACUGGCUUGUCCUAUAUCUCGCACCCUUGGCAACAGGUAUCGGAGUAGCCCAGACGAUCGCCAUGUUUGUGGUCCUGACGUACUACGCCCCGGUACUGGCCAUUACGUUCCGCUAUCUGGUGGCCUCGUUCGCCAGCACACUACCCUGGAGCGUGUGUGAUCCUAGCUGGCCCGACUGUCUAAACUCCUCGUUCGUCGGCAACCUGAACAUCUCGAACGUCACGAACACGCUGAAAUCGUCCGCUGAGCUGUACUUUGAAAAGAACAUUACCCACAAGGCCCGGCUGGUAGAGGACGGGCUUGGUACGCCCGACUGGCGGUUAUCGCUGUGCUUGCUGUUUGCCUGGGUCGUCGUUGCUGCGAUACUAAUCCGGGGGGCGAAAAGCACCGGUAAAGCUUCCUACUUCCUGGCCAUCUUCCCCUACAUCAUCAUGGUGGUGCUGCUCAUCCAAACGCUCAUGCUGGAGGGUGCCUGGACCGGUAUCUGGUUCUUUUUCAAGCCCCAGUGGGAUAAGCUGCUUACGAUUGAGGUUUGGUACGAGGCCGUCACGCAGUGCUUCUUCUCGCUGUCCGUUUGCUACGGUGGUAUCGUCGCGUACUCAUCCUUUAACAAUUUCCGCAACAACGUGUACCGGGACGCCGUCAUUAUAUCCUGGCUCGACACGUUUACCUCCAUCAUUGCCGGGUGCAUCGUGUUCGGGGUGAUUGGUAAUUUGUCGCACACGAAUGGCCAGCACAUUCAGGACCUGGCAAAGGAUGGUCCGGGUCUAACCUUCAUUACGUACCCGGAUGCGAUCGCCAAGUUUCAGGUUGUGCCGCAGCUGUUUGCUGUCCUGUUUUUCCUGAUGCUGUUUAUCGUGGGAGUCGGCAGCAAUCUGGGUGUCACUACGAGCAUCAUCACCGCGAUCCGGGAUCAGCGUCCCGAGCUGAAGCAUUGGGUUGUGGUGGUUGCGAUUGCAACGAUCGGAUUUUUCCUCGGACUUAUCUACCUAACGCCCGGUGGCUUUGAGUUUCUUGAUGUUGUGGAUGGUUUCGGGGCCAAGUACAUUUCACUCACGUUCGCCGUGCUCGAGCUGGUGACCGUUGCGUGGAUUUACGGUGUCGAUCGGAUCUGUCGCGACAUUCGGUACAUGUUGGACAGGAGCACUUCGCUCUACUGGCGGUUGUGCUGGGGUUUGAUCGCUCCGCUUGCCACAAUGAUCAUUCUCGUGUACAGCUUCAUCCACUUUCAGCUUCCAAAGGUUCCGGUGGGGUACAAUGCUUUUGGAUUCAGUAUUUUCAUAAUUGCCGCGCUGCAGCUACCUGCCUGGUACGUGUACGCCAUUUACUGCCGGCGGCUCCGCCACGAUGAAUCGCUACGGAAAGCAGCAUGGAACGUACUGAAACCGUUGGCCAACUGGGGCCCGGAGAAUGACAGUCUGCGGGCGAUCUAUCGCACCGAGGAGGAACAGGCUCAGGUUAAAGAGGUGUACCCACCGAGCGUAGGCCAGCGCCUCCGGAAGCGAACGUUUGUUCAGUGUCUGUUGCGGCGCAGGGUUUUGCGAUUUGAUUUGCCUCGUUCGCGGCUCACAGAACCGGACGUGCCUCUGUACUCGAUCGUACCGGAGCACCGGACUCACAAAACUGAGCAACGAAAAGCCUCUGGCAGCCACCCGUUUAUCGCAUUCCCGUUUCUACUGUCCACCCAGAGUGAGUGUGCAAUGGCGGACAAUCCGGCGUUCGUUACAACCGACGACGAUGGUGCACAGGACCACAGGCCAAAUGGUCAAAAUGGUACCGCACCUCCACCGAUACUGACGCUAGAGCCGAAAGUGAAGCCGGAAAAGGAUGCACCACCGGCAGCAGGAGAACGCCAGAAAUGGGACAAAGGGGUCGAGUUUCUGAUGUCCUGCAUUGCGCUAUCCGUCGGACUGGGCAACGUGUGGAAGUUUCCAUCGACGGCGUUCCGGAAUGGUGGCGGUGCAUUCGUUAUCCCGUACCUGAUCGUACUGCUGAUCGUCGGCCGUCCGAUUUACUACCUCGAGAUGAUCAUGGGACAGUUUUCGAGCCGGGGCAGCGUCAAGGUGUAUGACGUUUCACCGGUCAUGCGAGGUAUCGGUAUCGCCCAGAUGGUGUCGAUUUGUGUGGUAAUCGUGUACUAUGCCGCCACGAUCGCCACCGCUAUCCGGUUCUUUAUCGCUUCCUGUGAAAGCCCACUGCCCUGGGCGAGCUGUGAUGUCAGCUGGACCGGCUUCAACUGCGUCAACUCCUCCAGCUCGGGCCCAGCGCCGCUGUUUAACAACUCGCUACCGGUGAAAACAUCCGCCGAACUGUACUACACCCACUCGGUGACCGGUGAGGGACUGCUGACGGAGGGCGAGUUCGGUGUGCCGGACUGGAAGCUAACGCUCUGUCUGCUCUUCAUCUGGGUCACGAUGACGAUCAUGAUGAUCAAGGGUAUCCGUGGGUCCGGGAAGGUCGCGUACUUUCUUGCCCUCUUCCCCUACGCGGUGCUGGUUACGUUUGCCAUCUACGCUUUCACGCUCGAGGGUGCCGGCCAAGGGCUCAAGUACUUCAUCACACCGGACUGGGACGAGCUGCUGAAUGCAAACGUUUGGAAGGAAGCGGUCUCCCAGUGUUUCUUCUCACUGUCGAUCUGUUUCGGUGGUGUGAUUGCGUUCUCGUCGUACAACAACUUCAGUAACAACAUCUACCGUGAUGCUAUGAUUAUCUCGUGGUUGGACACGUUCACUUCACUCCUGUCCGGAGCGCUAGUGUUCUCCAUCAUUGGCCACCUGGGACACCUGACGAACGAGACCGAUUACACGAAGGUGGUUCGGCCGGGGAGUGGCCUUACCUUCAUCACGUACCCGGACGCCUUGGCCAAGUUCGAGCACGUACCGAACCUGUUUGCGCUCCUGUUUUUCUUCAUGCUCCUUACGCUGGGCGUCGGUAGCUGCACCGGACUGAUCACCAGUGUGAUAACGGCACUGCACGAUAGUGCACCGAGGUUAAAAUCGUGGAAAACCGUCGUCACGAUCGGAGUGCUUGGAUUCGGGCUGGGCCUUCUGUUCGUCACACCGUCCGGUUCGAAGCUGCUGGACUACUUCGAUUACUACGGAGUGCAGUUUGUGACGCUUACGUCCGCCAUCUUUGAGCUGUUUACGUUCUGCUGGCUGUACGGGUUUAAGAAACUGUCGCGGGACAUUCAGUUCAUGUUGAACCGUCGGACGGGAUUCCUGUGGCAGGCCUGCUGGCGUUUCAUCACUCCGAUACUGCUGAUCGUGGUGCUGGUGAUCGGACUGGUCAAGAGUGAUCGUCCGGAAGGAAUCGAUGAUGUGUAUCAUGUCCUCGGAUGGUUAAUCUACGUCGGCGCCCUGGUACCGAUUCCACUGUGGGCCUGGUUUGAGAUCCGUAAGCGUCCGGAAUCAACGUUCGCGAAACGCGUCAUCGCGGCCACGAAACCCCUCUCCGAUUGGGGUCCCGAAGAACUGGAGAUCCGCAAAAAGUAUCUGGAGUUUUGUGACAACUUUACGCCCCUCGAGUCACGCUGGACGCGAGUCCGAAAGUUGGUGACCCGCCGAGGUGACAAAACGUACAAUGUGGCCGUCUAGUGCUCGCGAACGGUUUUGAGCUCGAUCAGUAUUACUAGCAACCGAUUGAACGCAGGGAAAGUGAAAAGUGAUCAUGACUGCAUUGCCUCCUCACAUCAUCAACCCGACGAUCGUCCGUUCCCGGCCGGCCUGGGUUGAUUGUGCAUACCUUCAAAUUACCUUCAAACAGUGACGCCAGCGGAUAGUAACUAAGCAGUAGACUACGCGCCAUACGCGAUAAGGUCAUUGGGCGCAUUACGAGCUUUCCGUGGUACGCGGGCGCUGUUCGCCAUUGUUCUGGCCAGCCACCUGGCCGGUUCCCGCGUGUUCGGUGAUAAUGAUCAGAAGAGAGUUGGAGAUCUAUCUAACCGCCGCAAUCGUUGAUUGAAGGGAAGCAAGCGAGUGGAGAACCGGGAAAGCAAUAGGAAGAGUGACGAACACUGACGAGCGCUUCCAAUUCGCAAUAUGCGUGAUAUUUGUAUUCUAAUUAUUUGACAGUACAGUGCUCGUGUGUGCCACAGGACAGGAAAUAGAUAUGGAUGGAACCUUUUAAGGACGCUUUAUGCAGCAAUUGUAAUAAGUUUUAAUCUAUUGUAUGUAAUAAAUGAGACCUGUUUUAAUGAAGACAAA